AUAUGCGCUCCACGGACCAGCAAUGAUGGAAAUUAGUUCAGGCAAUGACGGACAAAUGAAUGGCGCUGUGAUCAUGGAGCAAUUUCAGUAUUCGAGUCAGCAAUUGUUGCUGCAGACUCCACAGCCUGAUGACUUCAAGAACACAGAGCUGAGUACUUUUGACAGGUUGCUGCGCUCAAAAUGGGACGCUGCAGUUGAAUUGGGAUGUUUCCGCUAUCGCAUCGAUGAGCUCCAAACAAAGAUACUUCCAGGUCCGAGAAAGAUAGUUGCACAGCUAAACAUCAAGAGAGCUAUAGAGAGAAGGAAGCCACAGAAGAUGACCCACAUCUCCCAGCCAUUCAACCCUGACAUCUUUAACUUUACUAAGGUCAAUCCUAAAGAGGUUUUAUUUGAACUAUGUCCAGAGAGGGAUACUUCAGACAGUGUAACAGACGAGACUCCAUUGUGCAAUGGUGUAACAGAGAGCCAACAUCACAGCGUGCUAAUCAACGUCAGCCCCUUAGAGUAUUGUAAUAUACUCCUCGUGCCAAAACGCUACCAAUGUAUUCCACAGGUUCUAACUGAAGAUGCAAUUCUCCUAGCUCUGGAGGCCGUCUUGUUGAGUGCUCACAGAGGUUUUAUACUAGGGUUCAACAGUUUGUGUGCAAUGGCAUCAGUGAAUCACCAACACUUCCAUGGUUACUAUUUGGAACAUGAACUCCUCAUUAGGAGGACGGCAACUAGGCCAGUGAUUGGUCCAUGCCAUGAGCUCACUGACUGGCCAGUCAGAGGUUUUGUCUUCCAGGUCAAAGGUCAAACAGUGCAAGAAACGGCAAGGUCCGUCUACAAAGUGGCAUCUGUACUACAACAAAAGGAGAUAGCUCAUAAUCUGUUUAUCACUCGGGGAUGUGCAUUAGAUGAUGACAGUCAGAUCCAAGAGCAGACCGUCCGACUUGUCUUAUGGCCGAGAAAAUCCUUUUUUGGUGCUAAGAACGACAAGACAUUUCCUGAAGUUGCAUUCAAUGUCGCAUUGUGUGAGCUGGCAGGCCAUCUACCUAUCUACAGUAAAGAGUCUUUUGACGAGCUGACAGAAGAAAAAGCCAUUGAACGUACCCGGGAAGUUUCACUGUCGUCAGAGGAGUUUGAAGCAUUAAAAGACAGUGUGAGAUCUGUGUUCCAGAAGUGGUGA